UUCUCAAUUUCCUUUUAUUGUUCCUUGUUCCCUGAUAAGAACAACCAGAACAAACUAAACUCGUGAGUACACAUGGGAAUAGCAGUUCUUGGGUAGACUUCUCCUUCUUCUAAAUUAACUCCACUUGCAUUUUUCAACUCAUGCUUUUCCAGCAGGGAAAGGUGACUGGCCAAGCUCAGAUGGUCUUCUUUGGGUCAGCAUCUUUAACAGAAGAUAGAGAAGAACUUCAGCAUCACUGACUUACUGACUUCUCAGGACACAGGCAGAGAUGAGUAGAAACAGAUGGACACCACCUGCUGAUUCUCCCCACAAACAGUUUAGAAGCCACUGGCUCCAGCUGAUCCCCUGGAUUUAUGGGCUGCCCAUCCUGUUCUUGACUGACUAUUUAAUUACCAGCUGCGAGGGAGAGUCUAAUUUGGAGUUGAGGCUGGCCAAUGGGAGCAGCAGAUGUGCUGGGACAGUGGAGGUGAAAUUCCAGGAUCAGUGGGGUUUAGUGUGCAAUGAUGGCUGGGGAAAAAAUGAGAUUUCUGUGGUCUGCAAGCAACUGGGAUGUCCAUCUACCUUCAUCAUCCCUGGGUGGAGGAAUGUGACUGUGGCAUCUGCACCUUUCUGGAUGGCUGGUGUUUCCUGUGAUGGGAGUGAAUCUACACUUUGGGACUGCAGACACAAUGGCUGGAGGGAGCAUAAUUGCACUCACAAUCAAGAUGCCCAAGUGACCUGCACAGGUGAAGAAGACUUGGAACUGAGGCUAGCAGAUGGGUCUAAUCGCUGUGAAGGCAGAGUGGAGAUAAAAGUCAAAGGACAGUGGGGGACUGUAUGUGAUGACAGUUGGACCAAUAUGGAGGCUUCCAUAGUGUGUAAACAGCUGGGAUGUGGAUCAGUUCUUCAUUUCCUUGGGGAGGCUAAAAAUGGAUCUGGACCCAUUUGGCUUGAUGAAGUUUCUUGCCGUGGUAAUGAAUCAGCUCUCUGGAACUGCCAACACAGUGGAUGGGGGGAACAUAACUGUCAUCAUGAUGAGGAUGUAUCUGUCCUCUGCUCAAAGGGAGCAGAACUAGCCCUGAGACUGGGAAGUGGAACGAACACCUGUUCAGGGCGAGUGGAGGUGAGAGUAAAUAACCAGUGGGGAACAGUCUGUGAUGACAACUGGAACAAGAAUGCUGGGGCUGUGGUGUGCAAGCAAGCAGGAUGCCCUUCUGCAUUUAGUGCCCUGAUAAAAGUUAAUGCUAGUGAUGACAUUGAAAACAUUUGGUUUGAUGAUGUUUCCUGCAAUGGGAAUGAGUCAACUCUAUGGGACUGCAAACACAGAGGAUGGAAAAACCAUGACUGUGGACACCAUGAGGAUGCUGGAGUGUUAUGUUCAGACUCAUCUGCCCUGGAGCUGAGGCUUCUUGGGGGAAGCAGCCAGUGUGCAGGGGUAGUGGAGAUAAGAGUCCGUGAGGAGGUGGGAAUUGUGUGCAGAAGAAGCUGGUCACUGGAUGAAGCCACCAUGGUUUGCAGGCAGCUGGGUUGUGGAACUGCUGUCAGCAUCGCCUUGGAGUACAAUUUUGAAGACAUCCCUGAGCACACCUGGAUCAAUGGAAUUAAAUGCUCUGGAAAAGAGGAAUCUUUUUGGGACUGUGGGAAUUGGGAAUGGGGAAAGCUUUCCUGUCAGGAGGAUGAAAAAGCUGCUGUCAUCUGCUCAGACCACAUGCAGCCCCGGCUGAGUGGGGGAGAUUUUCCCUGCUCCGGGAGAGUGGAAGUGAAGCACCAGGGCAGCUGGGUCUCCGUCUGCAGUCCUGAUUUCCCGCUUCAGACGGCCAGCGUGCUGUGCCGGGAGCUGCAGUGUGGCACCCUCGUCUCCGUCCUCGAUGGGACGCACUUUGGAGAAGGAGGUGGCCAGGUUCUGCCUGAGGAACUGCAGUGUGACGGCAGCGAGAACCAUAUCACCUUGUGUCCCACAAGCUCCGCUCAUGGCAGGAAGUGCAGCUCCGACAGAACCAUUGGCAUCGUCUGUUCAAGGUACAGAGACUUCCGGCUGGUGGAUGGCCACUCCAGGUGUGAGGGGCGUGUUGAGAUGCAAGUGCAAGGGGUCUGGGGAGCCCUCUGUGGCUCCCACUGGGAUCUGCCCAAUGCCCAUGUUCUCUGCAAGCAGCUGGACUGUGGAGUUGCUGUCCCAGUACCCACAGGAGCGCAUUUUGGGAAAGCCAGAGGCCCUGUGUGGGGGCACAGGUUCCAUUGCUCAGGGACUGAACUCAGCCUGGAUAGUUGUCCAAUGACUGCCUUGGGAGCCCCACUUUGUUCCCCCACAAAUAUUGCUUCCGUGAACUGCUCAGGAAACCAGUGGGAUACUCAAUUCCAGUGCCAAAGUGCCCAUCCUCAGUCCCCGUUGUGUUCAGAGCUGAGAAACAUAAACCUUGCAGAUGGGGGAGAUCGCUGUGCUGGAAGAGUUGAGGUUUACCAUGCGGGUUCCUGGGGCACCAUCUGCGACGACUCCUGGGAUCUAAAUGAUGCCCAAGUGGUGUGCAGACAGCUGGGCUGUGGAGUGGCCCUCAAUGCCACUGUUCGUGCUCACUUUGGAGCAGGAACUGGACCCAUCUGGCUGGAUGAUAUGAACUGCUCUGGGAAUGAAUCCUCAGUGUGGCAAUGUCCCUCCAAAGACUGGGGUCAGCAUGAAUGCAGGCACAAGGAAGAUGCGGGAGUGCUCUGCUCAGAGGUCAUGUCUCUGAGGCUACAAAGUGAGACCAACACCCAGGCCUGUGCAGGACGACUGGAAGUCUUUUACAAUGGGACCUGGGGCAGUGUUGGCCGACACAACAUGACUGCAGUCACUGUGGGAGUGGUCUGCAGGCAUUUAGGCUGUGGGGACAAUGGGAUUCUUGACCCUGCUCCUACAAACAAGGCAAGUUCCAGAACCAUGUGGGUCAAGGGUGUUCAGUGUCCUAAGGGGCCCACCUCGCUGUGGCAGUGUUCAUCAGAUCCAUGGGAGAAGACACCAUCCAGUGCAAGAGAGGAGGCCUGGAUUACAUGUAUUGGCAAGCUGCGGCUCCAAGGAGGAGACAAAUGUUCAGGGCGUGUGGAGGUCUGGCACGAAGGCUCUUGGGGUACAGUGUGUGAUGAUUCCUGGGAUCUGGCUGAUGCUGAAGUGGUCUGUCGACAACUGGGCUGCGGUUCAGCCUUGGGUGCAUCCGUGGAAGCUGCAUUCGGCAGAGGAACUGGACCCAUCUGGCUGAAUAAUGUUCAUUGUAAAGGGAAUGAGUCCUCUCUGUGGGAUUGCACUGCUGAUCGAUGGGGGAAGGCAGACUGUGGGCACAAAGAAGAUGCUGGUGUGAGAUGCUCAGGUGUUCCCAUGACUACAGAACCUCAGGAAUUCUCAGGUCACAAAACCUUCAAGCUGUUCUGGAUCCUUGGGGUCAUCUUGAUAGUACUGUUCCUGCUUGCUCUCUUCCUCUGGGCAAAGGCUAGAAGAUGGACUCAUCUAGUCAGAGUAGGAAAUAUUCUUCAGAAUGCUGUUUACAAGAAGAUGGAGGUUCACCAGAAGGAGCAUGAAGACCUGCAUCUAUUCAGUCACCCAGAAGCUCCUAAUGGCAUAAGUGGUAUCCCAAGAUCUGAUUCUGAAGUUGCUGCAGAAGUCUCUGAGCCUGAACCACAUUCCAUUUCCUGGAUUAACAAAAGGGAUGCCAUGGCAAUUCCAGAAGAAAGGAGCAGGAACAGAAACUCUACAAGUCAACAUUUACAAUUCCUUGAAAGAGACACAAUCUUUUGAAUAGAAGUUGGAUAAAAUCAUCUGUUGGAUAAACACUAUUGUGAUGUAGAGCUCAACUUCUCUGAUUAGAACUAUAAGAACAACUAAGUUUAGAAGGAAGUAGUGACUAAGAUGUUGAGAAGUAUGUAUAUCCUCCCUUGGGAAUGAUAUUGAUUGAGAUUUACAUCGUCCUGUUGUUUUUCCAAGACUUUUUGAUUGCUUUAUUCCUAGGGUAUUUGAAUCUAAUCCAGGACAAUUUUAUCAAUCUCUGGCUUGUGCCUACUUGUCAGAGUGAUAGGUUGUGUCCAAAAUCAUAAAGUUUGAUACUGAACUCAAGUUUUUUUCACAGGACAGUAAAGAUAACCUACUAGUCUGUGAUUGUUCUACUACAGGAAUUACAAUGAAGAGAUUUAGUGAAUAAAGUCAUAUUCCAGGGAAAAUAUGGCUUGGGAAAAGAAAGCAAGAAUUUUUAAUGGGAUACAAAAAGAUUUUGGAGAAAGAACAAAGUGUCCAGACAUUCAUGAUUUUUUUUUCAGAUUUUUGCUUGUCCUGAGCAUGCUUGUCUACUGUGACUCUCCAGAUCACAUAUAUAUUUUUAGACUGAUUCUGAUUGCUUCAUGACACCAAUUUAUAUGGUCAUUUCAUAUCUCUCAUCUUUAGAUAUUGGUUAUUUCUAAUAGCACAUUAAAUUUCUAUUCAUAUGUCA